AUGCCAGACCCAGGCAGGAUACUGCCUAUUCUUUCCCCUGGAUUGGUGUGUUCUCUGAAAAGGCGUAAGCUGUCGGAUCUGCCUAUGAGGAGAAGCAGGAGGAUGGAGCACGACCAUGCACCAGGUGCUUCAUGGCCUGUGCCAGAAACAGCAGACACCCAGCCAGCCAGCAGCAUAUUGGAGCAGCCUGAUAUUGGGACUGGAGAUAGUGCAAAGGAGACAGUUCUUGAGGCUAUUCAGCAACUGCCAGGUAUUCGCAAGGCUUCUGUAGUCGACGGGUAUGUACCAGUGGUCCAGAAGGACAUCAGUCUCUUAGGGCUGCCUAUUGAGGUAGGUAUUUUCCAAAAGCAGAUGUAUAGUCAGCACAUGUGUAUCCUCCUACACUCACGUCGACAUGUCUAUUGGUUGAGCAAAAAGGCUGGAGAUGUUAGAUACCGCUCAUAG